UAUUCAAAUUAUGGACUGUUAUUGAUAAAAGUGUACAUUAUUUUCACUUAGCUAGGUGAUUUGUGCGGAAAAAACAUAAUGUACGAAAAUCACGAUAAGCGAACUUUGAAGUAGAUGUUACAUACUGAAAUACUUGUUUCGGAAAGCAGAGAUUUUGAUACAUUAUGACAAUACUAUCAACCGGUGUGUACUCCUUUACUGUGAGCUCGACUGGUCACGUAAUACCAGCAGCAAUAGGCUCAGCGGCUGGUGCUGUAGUAACGGGUGUUAAAUUGAUGAUUCAGACAGAACCUUUAGCUGUAGCAUUAUCGUCUGCUGUGGGUACUGGGACUUCAACAGGUGCCAUUGCAGGGGCCAUUGUAAGCAAAACAGCAACCAGUGCAGGUAUUGGAGCAUUAAUUGGCGGUAUAUCUGCAGCAGGCAUGGGCUCUGUGGCGGCUGGUGGUAUUGCCAUGACAACAGGACUGUUGGUGUCAAGCCCGUUAGGACUACUGACCGUGGGAACCAGUCACACGACGGAAGAAGGAACAAUUUCACAAGAUUGCUGGAAACCAGUCAUUGGUGAUAAUACACUAGAACCGUCAAAAGGCAUGAUGCUAAAGGACCUGGUGUGUCAUUCUAACGUUAGCAGAGUUGAAGUUAAACACGAAGGAUGUUUACCGCAAAUCUUCAUUGAAAAUGCAUGGAAUGAAAAGUACGAAAUAGAAUAUGUCAUAUUACAAGACGAUGAUUAGAUGUAUUGUCAUGCAAAACUGCUGUAAUACACGCAAUGAUACAAAACGUU